CACGUUGACAGCUGCUACAGAUGUGGAGAGAGUAGAAGAAGCAGGACAAGGUACGAAGCAACAACGGAGCUCUACAGGUACGACUAGCUCUACAGGCGUCUGCGUUGCAAACCGGCAGAGGAUGCAGCUGGUUGUCAUGGCAGCGGUACUGGCGCUGGCGGGGGCGGGGGCGGGGCAGGGCUGCUGCUUCGAAUGUGGCCUGACCUACGUCAACCUCACCGUGGAGAGCUGUGGCCGAACCGGGUCCAUCCUCACCACCAUAUGUGCAGGGCAGUGUGAAAACAAGGACUCGGUCUACAUCAGCGACGUCCAAACGUACGAACAGGAAACGUGCCUCGGGGUCUGGGUCUACGAGGUGAAACACAUCGACGGGUGUCCGGAGGGCGUCACCUACCCCGUGGCCAAAAACUGCACUUGCGGAGUGUGCGACCCGAAUAAAAACACGGACUGCACGAGGUUCACCGGAGACGCGUCCAGCUGCCUCUCCAUUUAA